AACUUCGCAUGCUCCUCUCUCCUCUAAGGUGUCUCUCUCUCUCUCUCUCUGUUAAAGGGUUUUUCUUAUUUUUUAUUUUUUGAGUUUUGGGUCUGCAACGCAAUGGAGGACUAGUUGGGGGUUUAAUUCGGAGUUGUGGGUGCUAGGGUUUUGUCACUGUCCCCUUGUUUCUCUGCCGUUGGGGUUUUUUUUUUGGUUUCUUGGAGUUCUCGCCCAGAGCUGAUGUGAGUUUUGGGGGAUUUUCAUUUGGGCGGGAUUUAGGGUUUAAGCUCAGGGUUUUAGCUAGGUCUCUUCAAUUUCCCUCUCCGGUUACGGAAAAAAGAAAAAAAAACUUUUCGAAUACCACCGUUCUGCCUUCGCUGAAGCUCUCUCCAUUUUGGCUCUUCAUUUCAAGCCCUCAGAGAAAAAAAAAAAAAAAAGAAGCCAUUUUUCUUGGCACAGAUUAAUUGAAAAUUUGAGUUUUGCUAAGUGCCGCUGAAGAAAAGCUGUGUGCAAAAAACAAGCAAAAUCAGGCAAGAAAAUGAUUGGACCCAACUUCAUGGAUGAGAUAGACUGCGGAAGUUUCUUCGACCACAUCGACGACCUGCUUGAUUUCCCCGCAGACGAUGCUGCAACCGGGUUGGCUGGCAAAGACUCUGAUGCUUUCCCCAGCAUUUGGCAAAACCCCUCCGAUGGAUUACCGGCCUGUAAUUCGGUUUUCUCCGGUAACAGCACUUCCGACCUCUCAGCCGAACUGCAUGUUCCGUAUGAAGACAUGGUUCACCUUGAAUGGCUUUCGAACUUUGUGGAGGAUUCAUUUUCUGGGGGAAGCAGCGCUGGGCUCGACAAAGAAAACUACUCCACCAUUAACAAGGACUCAUCCCAUCGCCAAUUCCAGACAUCCAGCCCAGUGUCUGUGCUUGAAAGCAGCAGCUCCUCUUCGGGAGGGAAGAGCCCUGACUCUGAUGUUCUGGCUCGCACCAAGCCUGGACGUGCUCGCAGCAAGCGUCCUCGCCCUGCAAGCUUCAACCCUCGCCCAGCUAUUCAACUGAUAUCCCCUACCUCCUCCUCUGCUGGAGAUACCCCACAGCCAUUUGUUGCCCCCAAAGUCCCAGAGUCUCAGAAUUUUGCAGACUCCCAUCCUUUGAAAAAAAAGAUUCCAAAGCCAGUUAACGGUGCAGGAGAGCAGAAGAUAAAGAAAAGGAAAAUAAAAUUGUCACUUCCUCUGGGUCCUGUGGAGAUGAAUCAAAAUAAUCCACCAUUGCAGUCUGUUCGAAAAUGCAUGCAUUGUGAGAUAACGAAGACACCUCAAUGGAGGGCAGGUCCAAUGGGGCCUAAGACACUGUGCAAUGCCUGUGGUGUUCGCUACAAGUCGGGACGGCUCUUCCCAGAAUACAGGCCUGCAGCAAGUCCCACAUUCGUUCCAGCCUUGCACUCCAAUUCCCAUAAGAAAGUUCUUGAAAUGAGGUGCAAGACGGAUGAGAAGCCAGCAGGUGUGCCUGCGGUUGGGACUGCAACCCCCACCAGCACCACAUCGAGCCCCAGCAGCUCCACCACCACCGCUACACCGCCAGAACUAAUUCCGAACAGCAGCAUUUCGCUGGAUUACAUGUGAGGGAGGAUGGGGGAGAAAAUGUUCUUAGUUGGGAUCUCUCUCUCUUCGCAGCUUGAUUCCCUCUUCCUUUCAUUGUCUUAUUCAGUUGCAGUUAUUUCAUUUCUUCGUUCAUUUGUUUUAAUCUUGUACAGAGAUGGAAUGGGAGGGGGGGUGAUAGGAGGAGCUUAUAGAUGGUCAUAUUUUAGCUAGUAGAGUAAAGGAUUGAAAUGAGAAAAACUGAAAAGGGUAGAGAGGAAUGGGAAGUCUAGGGCUAAGAUUUUAGGUUUUUUAGUGGAUGGGUAGGUCCUAAGGUCUAAGGUCUUAGGUGUUGAGUCUGUUCUUUCUUUAUUUUGUUUUAUUUCUUUUUAAAAUUCCUCAUGGGAAUUCUUUUUGCAGUCCAAAUGUUCACUAGGAAACUCUGAGAUGAGUUAUGGGUUUGAAAUCUUGUUAUGCUUUAUUUAAAUGCUUUGCCCUGCAAUGUAGUAGUAGACCCUGCUUUUUUCCUUACAUGUUUCAGUGUCCAGCUCACAUCUUCUUUCAAUACAGCUGUUAUAAUUCUUUCUA